GGCGGCGGCGGGGGCCCGGGCGGCGCGGGGCUGAGGGGGCGCCGCUCCGGGGGGCGGGAGCCGGGGCCCGGGCCGGCUGGCGCGGGGGCUAUGAUGACCCGGCGGCGGGGCCCCGGAUCUCGUCUCCUACGCCGCCUCGGCACGGCAGCCCCCGCGCGCGGCUGAGACCCAAACACGCCGGCGGUAUGGCAUCACAGCUGCAGGUGUUUUCCCCCCCAUCAGUGUCGUCGAGUGCCUUCUGCAGUGCAAAGAAAUUGAAAAUAGAACCCUCUGGCUGGGAUGUUUCAGGACAGAGCAGCAACGACAAAUAUUAUACCCACAGCAAAACCCUCCCAGCCACUCAAGGACAAGCAAACUCCUCUCACCAGGUAGCAAAUUUCAACCUUCCUGGUUACGACCAGGGUCUCCUCCUCCCAGCUCCCGCAGUGGAGCACAUUGUUGUGACAGCCGCCGACAGCUCCGCCAGUGCUGCUACUUCGACCUUUCAGAGCAGCCAAACUCUGACUCACAGAAGCAACGUUUCUUUACUUGAGCCAUAUCAAAAAUGUGGACUGAAAAGAAAAAGUGAGGAAGUUGACAGCAACGGUAGCGUGCAGAUCAUAGAAGAACAUCCCCCUCUCAUGCUGCAAAACAGGACUGUGGUGGGUGCUGCUGCCACAACCACCACUGUGACCACGAAGAGUAGCAGUUCCAGCGGAGAAGGGGAUUACCAGCUUGUCCAGCACGAGAUCCUUUGCUCUAUGACCAAUAGCUAUGAAGUCUUGGAGUUUCUAGGCAGGGGGACUUUUGGACAAGUGGCUAAGUGCUGGAAGCGGAGCACCAAGGAAAUUGUGGCGAUUAAAAUUUUGAAGAACCAUCCUUCCUAUGCCAGACAAGGACAGAUUGAAGUGAGCAUCCUUUCCCGCUUAAGCAGUGAAAAUGCCGAUGAGUAUAAUUUUGUGCGUUCUUACGAGUGCUUUCAGCAUAAGAAUCACACCUGCCUUGUGUUCGAGAUGCUGGAGCAGAAUUUAUAUGACUUCCUAAAGCAGAACAAGUUCAGUCCACUGCCACUCAAGUACAUUAGACCAAUCUUACAGCAGGUGGCCACUGCCCUGAUGAAGCUCAAGAGUCUCGGGCUAAUUCACGCUGACCUUAAACCUGAAAAUAUUAUGUUGGUUGAUCCUGUGCGCCAGCCCUACCGAGUGAAGGUCAUUGACUUUGGUUCUGCCAGUCAUGUUUCCAAAGCUGUGUGCUCAACCUACUUACAGUCCCGUUACUAUAGAGCACCUGAAAUUGUUCUUGGAUUGCCGUUUUGUGAAGCUAUUGAUAUGUGGUCACUGGGCUGUGUGAUAGCCGAGCUGUUUCUGGGAUGGCCACUUUAUCCUGGUGCUUCAGAGUAUGAUCAGAUCCGUUACAUUUCACAAACCCAGGGCUUGCCAGCUGAAUAUCUUCUCAGUGCUGGGACAAAAACCACCAGGUUUUUCAACAGAGAUCCUAAUUUGGGAUACCCACUGUGGAGGCUUAAGACACCUGAAGAACAUGAAAUGGAGACUGGAAUCAAAUCAAAAGAAGCUCGAAAGUACAUUUUUAAUUGUUUAGAUGACAUGGCUCAGGUGAAUAUGUCUACAGACUUAGAGGGAACAGAUAUGUUGGCCGAGAAGGCAGAUCGAAGAGAAUACAUAGAUCUGUUAAAAAAAAUGCUAACAAUUGAUGCAGAUAAGAGAAUUACUCCUCUGAAAACUCUCAAUCAUCAGUUUGUGACAAUGACUCACCUUCUGGAUUUUCCACAUAGCAAUCAUGUUAAGUCUUGUUUUCAGAACAUGGAGAUCUGCAAGCGGAGGGUUCACAUGUAUGAUACAGUGAGUCAGAUCAAGAGUCCGUUCACUACACAUGUUGCCCCCAAUACAAGCACAAAUCUAACCAUGAGCUUCAGCAACCAGCUCAACACAGUGCACAAUCAGGCUAGUGUUCUAGCUUCCAGUUCUACGGCAGCAGCUGCUACGCUUUCUUUGGCCAAUUCAGAUGUUUCCCUGCUCAACUACCAGUCAGCUCUGUACCCGUCAUCCGCAGCGCCAGUUCCUGGAGUUGCCCAACAGGGUGUUUCCUUGCAGCCUGGGACCACCCAGAUUUGCACACAGACAGACCCUUUCCAACAAACGUUUAUAGUAUGUCCACCUGCUUUUCAAACUGGACUACAAGCAACCACAAAACAUUCUGGAUUCCCUGUGAGGAUGGAUAAUGCUGUGCCAAUUGUCCCCCAGGCACCGGCGGCUCAGCCACUGCAGAUACAGUCAGGAGUUCUUACACAGGGAAGCUGUACACCACUAAUGGUAGCAACUCUCCACCCUCAAGUAGCCACCAUCACACCGCAGUAUGCGGUGCCCUUUACUCUGAGCUGCGCAGCCGGCCGGCCGGCGCUGGUUGAACAGACUGCCGCUGUACUGCAGGCUUGGCCUGGGGGAACCCAGCAAAUUCUCCUGCCUUCAACUUGGCAACAGUUGCCUGGAGUAGCUCUGCACAACUCUGUCCAGCCUACAGCAGUGAUUCCAGAGGCCAUGGGCAGUGGCCAGCAGCUCACAGACUGGAGGAAUGCCCACUCUCAUGGGAACCAGUAUAGCACUAUCAUGCAGCAGCCGUCCUUGCUCACGAACCACGUGACACUGGCCACUGCUCAGCCCUUGAAUGUUGGUGUUGCCCAUGUGGUCAGACAGCAGCAGUCCAGCUCCCUCCCUUCCAAGAAGAACAAGCAGUCUGCUCCAAUUUCUUCUAAGACUUUUCCUUCCAGGUCCUCUCUGGAUGUUCUGCCUUCUCAAGUCUAUUCUUUGGUUGGAAGCAGUCCCCUCCGGUCUACAUCUUCAUACAAUUCCUUAGUCCCUGUCCAAGAUCAGCAUCAGCCAAUCAUCAUUCCGGAUACUCCCAGCCCUCCUGUAAGUGUUAUUACUAUCCGUAGUGACACUGAUGAGGAAGAGGACAACAAAUACAAGCCUAAUAGCUCUGGCCUGAAGCCAAGGUCCAAUGUCAUCAGUUAUGUCACUGUCAAUGAUUCUCCGGACUCUGACUCUUCCUUGAGCAGCCCUUAUUCCACGGAUAACCUGAGUGCGCUCCGGGGCAACAAUGGCCCGGUAGCGGAGGGGCCCAGCAAAGUCGGGGAUGGCACUAGUACCCGCACCAUCAUCGUGCCUCCACUGAAAACUCAGCUUGGCGACUGCACUGUAGCAACCCAGGCCUCAGGCCUCCUGAGCAGUAAGACCAAGCCAGUGGCCUCAGUGAGUGGACAGUCAUCUGGAUGUUGUAUCACCCCCACAGGGUACCGAAUGCAACGUGGGGGGACCAGCACAGCACAGCCACUCAACCUUAGCCAGAACCAGCAGUCAUCGGCAGCUCCCACCUCCCAGGAGAGAAGCAGCAACCCUGCUCCCCGCAGGCAGCAGGCGUUUGUCGCCCCGCUCUCCCAGGCCCCCUAUGCCUUCCAGCACGGCAGCCCCCUGCACUCAACAGGCCACCCACACCUGGCCCCGGCCCCUGCUCACCUGUCCAGCCAGCCUCACCUGUACACGUACGCUGCUCCUACCUCUGCAGCGGCACUGGGCUCCACCAGCUCCAUUGCUCAUCUCUUCUCCCCCCAGGGUUCCUCACGGCAUGCUGCAGCUUAUACCACACACCCCAGCACUCUAGUGCACCAGGUCCCCGUCAGUGUUGGGCCCAGCCUCCUCACUUCUGCCAGCGUGGCCCCCGCUCAGUACCAACACCAGUUUGCCACCCAGUCCUACAUUGGGUCUUCCCGAGGCUCGACAAUUUACACUGGAUACCCUCUGAGUCCCACCAAGAUCAGCCAAUAUUCCUACUUGUAGUUGGCGCGUGUGAGGAAGGAAGGCCCUGGUUGCCUGCCCUGCCCUGGCCUGAGUCGUGAUAAACGCCUCGGCCGCGCUCCUCCCUGGCCCUGUUUGGAAACCCCAGCAGCUCCGUCUGCAGGGCCCGCCGAUGCAGAUCUUUCUCUAGGGAGCCAUGUCGAUGCUGACUGAUUGUUGUAGUCUACAGAAGUCUGUCCUGUUUUUUAAUUCUUUAUUUUUGUGAUAGCGUUUUUGAUAUUUGGAUUCAGAUGUCCAUCUUCUGCAGUUGCUAAGGAAGAUAAAUGGUUCUGAAGUUACCCUCUGAAAAAUAAUAACAUUGAAAAAUAUUUUGUGUCUCUGACUUGAUUUCUAUAACUGCUUUUAAAAAACGAGCUCUUUUGAAAAUUUAACUUUUGUUUCUUAGAAUUGCUGGUCAGAGGGAAAAUGCCGAUAGAAAUUGGACUUGAAAUCUGGUUAACAAGCAAGAAUUACUCUUUUCUUUUUACUGUCACUGUCACUGUCAUCCCGUUGCUCACCGAUUUGCUCGAGCAGGCACCAGUAACGUCUCCAUUUGAGACUUGUCUGUUACUGUUUUUGGCAUGUUGAAUACGCCACGGGUAGCUUGCCAGGCUCUGCCGUGUAGGCGAGAUACUCUCUGGUAGCUUGCCAGGCUCUCUGAGAGGGGCGGAGGAAUCGAACCCGGGUCAGCCGUGUGCAGGGUGAACGCCCUACCGCUGUGCUAUUGCUCCAGCCCACUCUUCUUUUAAAUUAAAAUGUUAAAAAUUUGCCAUUUUGUUUUACAGGCCUCUUGAGCAAGUCUGUAUUUACUAUCAGGCAUUUCUCCUCAAAAUUUUACCUUUGUUUAUAGGACAUUUAAACUUUCAGUGUGUUUAUUUUGUUUUCAUGUCACAUUAAACUUAAUGGGAAAUUGUUAUUGUUGUAAACUGGUUACAUACUACUCUGUAUUGCUGUUGGGAUUCUCUCAUUUUUAAUCUAAGUGGUGUUGAAAAGGCAGCUCACCAGUGGCUGAUAUUCUUAGUGUGAGAGAUUGAAUGUGUCAGGUAUUCUUGUUAGAUGAAGCACCAGUGCAGUCUUUUAAGAUUAUAUUUUAAAGACCCUUCUCUCUGAUUCAGUUUAAAUUUUAUUAUUGGAAAAGCCAUCAAGGUGGUUAUUAUUGUGUGGUGGUGGUGGUGGUUUUAUUAUAUGCAACAUCUCUGUAUUAUGUGAUAUCGGCAUCGAUGAGCUUUGCCUACAAAUUAGUAUGAAAUUUCAGUAAUACACCUCUCUCGCUCUCUUUCUCUUUAUCUCUUUCUCCUCGCCUUUCUCUGCAUCACCUCUCUCUGUUCUGUGUGAUUUAUUUGGGGAGAAAGCUAAAGAAUCUGAAACCAGAUAAGAACGUUAUUGUGUAUAGCUUUUAUACUUUAAAGUAGCUUCCUUUGUAUGCCAGCAGCAAAUUGAAUGCUCUCUUAUUAAGACUCAUACAAUAAGUGCAUGUAGGAAUUGGAAAAAAAUAUUUUAAAAAUUUAUUACUGAAUUUAAAAUAUUUUAGAAGUUUUGUAAUGGUGGUGUUUUAAUAUUUUGCAUAAUUAAAUAUGUACAUAUUGAUUAGAAACUAUAACAGCAAUUUUUUUCCUGCUAACCCCAAAUGUUAUUUGUAAUCAAAUGUGUAGUGAUUACACUUGAAUUGUGUAUUUAGUGUGUAUUUGAUCCUCCAGUGUUACCCGGGAGAUAGAAUUGAUGUCUCCAUUGUAUUUAAACCAAAAUGAACUGAUACUCGUUGGAAUGUAUGUGAACUAAUUGCAGUUAUAUUAGCGCAUUGUUACUGUAGUGCUGAGUGAGCAGGGGCAUUGCUUGCCAGGAGAGCAGACCCUUGGGCUUGUUUUGCACAGGUGUGUCUGGUGAGGAGUUGUUCGUGUGUCUCUUCCUUCCCUCUCUCCCUUCCCUUAUUGUAGUGCCUUAUAUGAUAACGUAGUGGUUAAUAGAGUUUACAGUGAGCUUGCCUUAGGAUGGACAGCAAGCCCCCGUGGACCCUGUGCUGUUCACUGGGAUUUACCAGAGCAGGAUUAGUAGCUGUGUUGUGUAAAUAUAUUGUUCUCAGUUUCCCUGCUGGCAUUGGAAAAGAAAAACAGCAUUUUUCUCCUUUAUUGCCCCUUUCCAUUUUGGAAUCCCAGCAGAAGUUCUCACAGAAGCAUCUCCCCCUUGCGGCUCUCUCACUGUGCGUUGCUACCUUGCUUCUGUGAGAAUUCAGAAAGCAGGUGAGAGGAGUCAAGCCAAUAGUAUGUCUGCAAUUUUUUUUUUUAAGUAUGUGCAAUCAUUUAGAAUGAGAGGGUUUUUUUUCUUUCUCUCUCCCUUUUCCCGUGUGGUAGUCCUUCCUGCAAAUAGUUGACAUUCCUAGUGAAAUACUUGUUGAAAAAAGAUAAACAGAUGUGUUUAUACCAAAGAGCCUGUUGUAUUGCUUACCACGUCCCCAUGCUACAGAGUUAUUUGGUAAUCCGCUAGUGACAGGGAACUCACAGAAAAGUUUCUCUGCCAGCGAAGAAGAUGAGAAGGACCCAAAGCCCACUGAGGCAUUGGGCAUUUGUGGUUUCUCUUUAACAACGAUAUUCUUGGGGCCCUUCAGCUGUGAAAUUGUCCUUGUACUCUCGGCUCCUGCAUGGAUCUGGGUCCAAUAGAGGGUACUGGGGGUUGGGAUGUAUGUCCCUGCCACUAAGAGACUUUCAGGAAGAAGGUAAACCCUAAGAUACUGGUGUGUUCCAUCAGAAUUGAAAAUGUCGUCUUUGAGGGGUAAGUCUAGGACUGGUUCUUUGUGGAGAUGGUGUCAAGGAGGUGCAGGAUGGAGAUGGGAGAUUUCCUGGAGCCUGGUCAGCACUGCACCAGGUGGAACCUCAAGGAGCUGUCAAGGGUUUGGAGUUUCUUCUUUGAAAGCAGUAAGGACUGCGGGGGGGGGGGGGGGGGUGGUCAGUACAGCCUGCCAGGGACCUGUUGGUGUUUUCAAGAUACUUUUCUUUUUCAAUCAUAUUGAAUUGGUUUGCAGUACUCUAUUGGUCAAGAUCCCCACGAAGUUUGUAUGGUUUUUGUCACUAGUCAGCAUGUGUGAUCUGUCUCCUUUUUAUGAAGCACAUUCAGAUUUCCUUGCUCAAAGGCAGAUCUGAUUUUUUAAAGAAAACAUAUUUUGUUCCUUAUCAUUCCUCUACAAGGAAUAAGAUUUGUUUUUUGUAAGAAAUGAGAUGCAGGAAGAAAAAAAAAAAUUGAACAUUCCACUUGCCCCCUAAUCCAGUGUCUUUUUUGAUAGUAAUUUUAACUUCCACACACUGAAAAGACAAAACCAAGAGCUAUCACCUUACUAGUAGCAUUCGAGAGUUUAGAAAUUUUUCUGUUUUGGCUUGGAAAUUGACAUUUAAGGUUUACCGUGAUAAAAAUCCUCCCGUGUCUGCUGAAUGUGUACGAGCUCAGUGUGGCUUUCGAUGCUGUCUCUGGAACAUUGAACAUUGUCGGCAUGACCAAAUGGGAGAAGCUCUGUGAAUUUAGUGAGCCGGUCCUGAUCACAGUGAGGACUUAAGGCUUUAAGUCCUCUCUGAACUUGCAUUUCCACCUUCUCCCUUUGAGAGUGAGAGAGUGGGGAAGGGUAAAGUACAGCCACUCCAGGCUCAUCAGGACACUUUAUCCUCCAGAGUUCGGAAUUAUUCCCGGGAGGUGAUACAUUUCGACAAAGCCCAGGAAUAAGAUUUCCAAACAACUCUAGCCAUUCAUCGUCCUUCAUCCUCCACUACAGGGGCUAAGCUUGACUGUCCUUAACCAGGCCAGCAUCAUAAUGUGUGUUUUAUUCAGCAUUAUUAUGCAAAACCCACUGGAUGGUUUGUUUUCAGAUAGGAAAUGAAAUUGCCUCUCAGUGACUGGAAUGGCCCAAGCCUGCUUCCUGUUUUGAUUUUCUUUCUUUUUUUUUUUUUAACUGAUGGAUGGUGCAGCAUGUCUAGAUGGGUUUUUUUUGCUGAACUUUAUAUAAUGUGUGCUUUUGAUUCAGCUUGAAGAAUAAUUCACUACAUGUAGCAGUACAUUAUAUGUAAUGUUAGUAUUUCUGCUUUGAACCCUUGAUAUUGCAGUGAAGUUCCAACUUGAUUAAAUGUAAUUUGAUAUGCUAGUUAAUGUGUGUGAUUUAAACUUUUUUAAAAAUUUUCCUUUUUUCCUUUUCUGGUUGUGCGCUUCCUUUUACAACAAGCCUCUAGAAACAGUUUCUGAGAAUUACUGAGCUAUGUUUGUAAUGCAGAUGUACUUAGGGAGUAUGUAAAAUAAUCAUUUUAACAAAAAAUAAUAGAUAUUUAAAAUUUAAUACUAACUAUGGGAAAAGGGUCCAUUGUGUAAAACAUAGUUUAUCUUUGGAUUCAAUGUUUGUCUUUGGUUUUACAAAGUAGCUUGUAUUUUCAGUAUUUUCUACAUAAUAUGGUAAAAUGUAGAGCAAUUGCAAUGCAUCAAUAAAAUGGGUAAAUUUUCUGA